UUAUGGAGCCGCUUCCCCGCGGACCGGCCUCUUGUGUCCCUGUCUCUUCUCCCUACAGUCAAAGCUCAUGGGGGCCGUCCCUCCGGAGUUCUCACCCUAGUUGGGCCUGGGAAGCUUGAACUGGGGAAGGCUAACGGAAAGAUUCAGCUCUCGCCGCCCGGGCCCCGGGGAGGGCAGUGCCAGAUAUAGCUGCUCACUCCAACUUGGCAAAGAACCAGUUAAAUUUCAACUCCACGGAGUAGCUUUUCACAGCCACCGUCUUUCCGCCUCUGCUGGGAGAGUCACUACCAGUUCAGUGUUUUCAUUGGUGAAUGUGAUCCGGGGCCUUCCAGAACCCACCAAUCCAGAAGCAGGAAAAACAGGGUCACGCGCGUGCCGCGAGAAUAGAAUGGACGGGGAGUCGGAGAGAUCAGUAAGGUUGGAGGCGGGAGUGCGCACCUGAAGCAUUUGGUAAAAGGAGAGCGCCUCAGAACCCUUGCUGCCGGCCGGUUCUCGAGAGUCUUGUGAGGGCAGAUAGCGUGGGUUUCCCAAUGAGCCGGACCGUGGUCGUGCUGGGCGGAGGCAUCAGCGGUUUGGCCGCCAGUUACCACCUGAGUCGGGCUCCCUAUCCCCCCAAGGUGGUCCUGGUGGAGGGCAGCAAGCGUCUAGGAGGCUGGAUCCACUCAGUCCGAGGGCCAGAUGGUGCUGUCUUUGAACUUGGACCGCGGGGAAUUCGGCCGGCGGGAGCCCUGGGAGCCCGGACACUACUUAUGGUUUCUGAGCUUGGCUUGGACUCAGAAGUGUUGCCUGUCAAGGGAGACCAUCCAGCUGCCCAGAACAGGUUCCUGUAUGUAGGAGGUGUCCUGUACGCCCUGCCCACUGGCCUCAGGGGGCUACUCCGCCCUUCACCCCCCUUCUCCAAACCUCUGUUCUGGGCUGGGCUGAGGGAGUUGACAAAGCCCCGGGGCAAAGAGGCUGAUGAGACUGUGCACAGCUUUGCCCAGCGACGCCUUGGACCUGAGGUUGCAUCUCUAGCCAUGGACAGUCUCUGCCGUGGAGUGUUUGCAGGCAACAGCCGUGAGCUCAGCAUCAGGUCCUGCUUUCCUAGUCUCUUCCAAGCUGAACAAACCCAUCGUUCCAUACUACUGGGGCUGCUACUGGGGGCAGGGCGGAGUCCACAGCCUGACUCAGCCCUAAUUCGACAGGCACGGGCUGAGCGCUGGAGCCAAUGGUCACUCCGAGGAGGGAUGGAGAUGUUGCCCCAGGCCCUUGACACCUACCUGACUAGUAGGGGGGUCAGUGUUCUCAGAGGCCAGCCAGUCUCUGGACUCAGCCUCCAGACAGAUGGUCGCUGGAAGGUGUCUCUAGGAGACAGCAGCCUGGAGGCUGACCAUGUUAUAAGUGCUGUUCCUGCUUCAGUGCUCAGUGAGCUGCUCCCUGCUGAGGCUGCACCUCUGGCUCAUGCCCUGAAGACCAUCACUGCUGUGUCUGUUGCUGUGGUGAAUCUGCAGUACCGAGGAGCUCGUCUGCCUGUUCAGGGAUUUGGACAUUUGGUGCCAUCCUCAGAAGACCCAGCCGUCCUGGGAAUCGUGUAUGACUCAGUUGCUUUCCCUGAGCAGGAUGGGAGCCCUCCUGGCCUCAGAGUGACUGUGAUGCUGGGAGGUUCCUGGCUACAGAUGCUGGAGGCCAGUGGCUCCGUCUUAUCUCAGGAGCUGUUCCAAGAGCAGGCACAAGCAGCAGCUGCUACACAAUUAGGACUAAAGGAGCCACCAAGUCACUGUUUGGUCCAUUUACACAAGAAUUGCAUCCCCCAGUAUAUGCUAGGCCACUGGCAAAAACUGGAAUCAGCUUCCCAAUUCUUGGCUGCUCAAAGGCUGCCACUGACUCUGGCUGGAGCCUCCUAUGAGGGGGUUGCUGUCAAUGACUGUAUAGAGAGUGGGCGCCAAGCAGCAGUCCGAGCCCUGAGCACAGAACCCAACAGCUGAUUCCUAACUCCCAUCUCCUCCUGCCCCUGCUGGCGGGGAGUCUCCCACCCAUGAAAAUAAAAGUUGCUAGAAUUUGG